GUGAUAACAGUAGAAAACUGCGCCAAGAUUUUCAUCCAAUGAAAUUGAAGGAAGGUCGCAUCGUCUUGACGCAUCCAGUAUGGCGACAAACGAAAUAGAAACGUCUUUGCUUUCGGUUUCAAACAGUGUUGUUUGUUCAAUAUGUUUGAAAGAGGCAUCAAAGUACACCUGUCCUCGGUGUAAUGUGCGCUAUUGUUCCGUUGCCUGUUACCGUGGUGAGAAACAUUUAGCUUGCUCAGAAGCCUUCUACAAAAACUGUGUUUUGGAUGAACUGAAGGAUCUCAAAGCCAGCCCAGAAGAGAGGAAGCAAAUCCUGGAGAUGUUGGCAAGAACGGAGGAAGACUAUGGUGGGGCUGAUGAUGAUGAUGAAGAUGAAGAAGAUGACCUUGGGGAUAGGAUUGCUGGGCUAGAUUUAGACACAGAUUCAGAUGAAAUCUUUAGAAGGCUAUCUGAGAAGGAGAAACGAGAAUUCCAUGCCAUGGUGAGAGAUGGACGCCUGGCCAACCUGGUGAACAUCUGGACUCCCUGGUGGACAGUUAAGGACAGUAAAUUGGUGUCUGAGGUAGGAGAAGAAUCUCCCAAGUCCCCUGUCCCACCAGUACUGAGCUCCAUACCUGACAUACAUGGUUUAAUUAAGAACAAGAAGGCCUCCUCCGAUGUGAAAUACAAUGUUGUGAACGCUCUAUUUGCGUAUGCGUUUGUCUCGAGACUCCACAAUGGGGAGCACUUAGAGCUGGCUGUCGAGAGUGCCGAGGAUAUGCUCUCUGCAUCAGAUAUAUUGGGGUCUACCAAGAGUUGUACUGGUGUAGGGGAGGCAAUCCAUAUGUCACUGGCAGCUGUGAGCAAGUUUGAGAAGUUAAAAGAAAGAGGGAAUUCCCAAGAGUUCACUGUAUCUGUGAUAGAAGAUGUGGUGAAAAUCAUACAAGGCCCGAGCAAGCAAGACUCCUUGGCGUACCUCAUGUCUGCUUUGUCAGAUCUAGAAGCAGUUUUUCGUACGGCUAAAAGUCAGCUCUCAAAAGAGAUGAAAGACGGGCAGGCUGUCAUUAGGGACGCUAAUGCAAAAGAAUUAAAGAGUAAAUUUUUCUUGGCUGCAAAGAAGUGCUCUUUCUUCCUGAGUUGGUGUCAGAGAUUUGGAAUGUCAUUGCAAGGGUUAAUCAUUGAACUUGAACUGGAAUUUUGUUCUUUGAGCAGUGAAUUAGCUGAAGUGUCAGAGACUAAGAGCAAGUUUGAGGAGAGCUGGGGUGGUGCUAAACCUCAAGUGAAACCUGCUAGGCUAAUAGAAGAGAUAAGUUGAUAGAGAUGGAUACCCGAGGAAGUGAUACAGCUAGCAACAAAGGGUGUGGUGCCACUGUGCAUUACAGGAACGCAACUUGUUUUUGUAAAAUAAAAAACUUGGAUGUGAAUUAAAGUGAAAGACAGCGCCUGAUUAAUGUUAGUGUCCACUGAAAGACUACCAUACUAUGUAUUUUAAAGCGGCAUCAGAUAUUUUUUUAGACUUUUUUCAACCCAUUAAAGUUUAUUGACACAACUUCUUCAUGUCUCCAUUGUUGAGAGUGAGGUGACAUCAUGUUUACUCUAGCUCUCUAACAUCAAAGGUAUUUUCUGUGUAAUAGUCUACGCAGAAGCCUAUAGCAGAUGAAAGUUGUGGACUUCGACAAUGAAGUGAUAAAUAGCCGAGUGAUAAAUAGCCAUCUCAAAAAUAGGGCACACUGGAAGAAUAUUUCUUCCACUGCUUAAACUCUUGAUACA